ACUUCUCUCAGAUUCCGAUUAUCUUCUAAUCCCAUGGCCGUCGACCUCGCAGCGUUUCCGGCCACCAUUGACGACCAAACCGCCAUCCAAGAUGCCGCCUCCGCCAGUUUACAGAGCAUGGAGGAUCUAAUCCGUCUCUUAUCCAAACAACAACCCACUCAAAAAAUCGCCGAUCUCGAUUGCUCUCAAGUCACCGAUUUCACCGUCUCUAAAUUCAAGCGAUUCAUUUCCCUCCUCAACCGCACCGGCCACGCCCGGUUCCGUCGCGGUUCUUCCUCUGUUUCCGAUUCCUCUGUUUCCGUUCUCAAUUCUCUCGAUCCACUUCCCAGUUCCUCCACUAUUGACUUCCUUAAAUCGCCCGAUUCCAAGGCUCCGACUGAGUCCACUACGACGUCGUCUCUCAUGUCCACGAUCACCGGCGACGGCAGCGUUUCCAAUGAAAAGCUUGGUCUGUCACUCUUCACGCCGCCACCGCCGGCGGUUUCCUCCGGUAAACCGCCCCUGUCGGCGAAGAGGAAGUGCGAUGAUAGCUCCCGAUUUGGUUGCAAGAUCAAUUCCAAGGAGUGUCACUGCGCGAAGCGAAGGAAAUCGGGAGUGAAAAAGACCGUACGAGUUCCGGCGAUCAGUUCUAAAAUCGCCGAGAUACCUUCCGACGAGUAUUCUUGGAGAAAGUACGGCCAAAAGCCCAUCAAAGGCUCGCCGUAUCCGAGAGGUUAUUACAGAUGCAGCGCCGUCAAAGGAUGUCCGGCGAGGAAAAAAGUUGAAAGAGCUCGCGAUGAUCCGGCGAUGCUCGUCGUAACUUACGACGGAGAUCACCGACACCCGCCGGCCACGGUGCCGAGAGCGGUGGCCGAUGCCAGCGUGGGUUUCGUUUCCCAGACGUGUUGAAUGACAAACUUGUCGGGGUUUCAACGCUACCGAUUGGGCUGUGACUCGAGAAUCAAAAGUCAAAUCUUUGAUAAAGUCAAACUUAGCCUCGGAGUACCCGAAACGAUUGGCUUGUUCAGAAAGUCAAAGCAAGAUACAAUCACGUCGAAUCUCUAUAAGACUUCAUGGUGGAAGGGUAUCGAUGUAAUUUUGAUUAAAGAAAGGGGUUUUUUUGGUAUUAUAUUUAGUUGAAAGCUAAUUUGACGGUCA